AUGGCGCAUCACUCCACCCUUGCUCAGUCUCGGCCAAGACGAAAGCCUCGCAUUCGCUACACCAACGAUGAUAGUGACUCGGAUCACUUCUUACCUCUCCGCACUCAGUCGUCUAGACCUGCUCGUGGUGCUCGUCAAGAUUAUCGGGAGUCGUCCGAUGAUGAGUCGGACGGUUCCACCGAGUCUUCAAAUACUUCAUCAGAGCCUUCUUCCACACUAUCCCUUCCUCAACCCUCCCAGAAGUAUCGUGUCAGUGCGCGACUACAGUCACAUGCAUCCCAUAAAAAGAGAAACGCCGACGACCAGGCGAGGAUUGAGAACUCUUUCAAUUCCUACAAACGACAGAAAUUUCUGACCAACACCCCCAAGAUUGUGAAGCUCGCAGAAUCGCCAAUCAACAAUGAUCGCAUUCCACCCUGGCAACAACUCCCCUACGAAGCUCUUCGGAAUAUCAUGAAUUUUGCUGCCUAUCCACUUUACGGACCUCGAUCCACCAGCACACCUUCGAUCGACUGGCUAUGCGCUACUUCAACUCUGUGCAAAUCAUUUCACGAAGCAUGCAUGGCGGCACUUCUCUAUAGCCCGCCAAUCUAUCCAGCAUACCGGGGCCACGGCCUGAUCGCGCUCCUCCGACAAGGUCGAAACAAGCCCUUCACUGAUUAUCGCGCCAAGAUCAAAUCCCUCGACAUCGAGAUAGGACAUCUUCUGAAGAAAAAGAGUGGCAUCGACCUGGAACUCCUCAUUGCAAAUACACCACUGCUGCGCAAUCUACGGUUGUAUCACAACAGUGAUGAGUUGACCAAUGUCGAUUUCAAUCCAACCUCAGAUUCAUCAAGGGGUUCCUGGGCUUAUCCCCCAGAAUUGUUCGACAAACUCGAUCAACUGAAUAUCUUCCUCCAAACCUUCGAAUGGAACGGCCGCUUUCCUAACCCGAUGACCGUCUUGGAACUCGCAGUACAGGUCCACACUCGACCAUGCUUGAGCCGGGUGCAAAACAUGACCCUACUGAAUCUGGCAAUUGCUGAAAAGAAGUCGAGCGAGAUUGAACUCACACAAGCUCAGGGUUUGCUUACAUCUGCACUUCAGAAAUUGACCGACCUCCGACACCUAUCUUUAAGAUGUUGCCGUAUCAUUGACACCGCCGGCAUCAUGUGUAUUCCCGAAGGGCUCGAGUCUCUCGAGUUGUCGAAUUGUUCACAACUGACCUCAGCGGCACUGAAACAACUUCUGAGUUUGCGUGGUCGCAACCUGACCACAUUGCGGUUACUUGAACAUCAUUCCAUGUCACUGGAGUUUUUGACAGAUCUGAAAUCGAGUUGCCCUCGACUACAAGUUCUCGAGAUUGACUUUCUCUACACCGAUUCAACGGCCUACGACUUGAAGGAGGAAUUUGAGUUGAGUUCAUUGUGCCCAACAGGCCCCCCAACUUGGCCCACUAGCCUAGUCACCAUCUCCAUGGACAACGUGCGUUAUCAUGACAUUCACGACGCAGAGAGAUUCCUGUCCUCACUUGUCGAUGCCUCCGACGAUCUUCCGCACCUCAAGAAGCUGAGUAUCAAAGCUAUCCUGAAAAAAUCAAGUUGGAGAGACCGUGCUACACUUCGAAAGAAGUGGUUGUCCACAUUGGAAAACAUCUUCCUUGAUACAUCUCAACCCAUCGACUGGACCGUAAAGUCGACAAUGACGAAACCUGCCCCACGAGCUGUACAGCGACAAAGUACACGCCUUGCCAGAAGCAAUGCUAACAAGUCGUCCUCUGGAGACACCACGGAUGACAGUGAUGCGACCACUUCUGUCUCAAGGCAUGCCAGAUGCUGUCUUGUUGAUCUUGUCAUUUCCGACCAGCGACCUACUCGUGAUCAAUUCCACGAAGAUGACUUCCUCGAUGAUGAGCCGACUGAUGACGAUGAAUGGAACGGUGAUGACCAAGACGAUGUUCACCUAUCCACCGCGUACGCUUGGUAG